AUGUCGAAGGGCCUUCUGAUUGCAAUCGUAGCGACUGUGGUACUCAUCACGGCAAUUGUGAUUCCAGUGGCGAUUCUGGUACCAAAGAGCAAGGACGAAGCCGCUGUCAUCACCACCGGUCGUAGUGGAUCCUGGUCGUUCGUAAGUGGGACAUCAGCCCCCACGAUAGCAGCGACCACAGCUCUUCCAGUCGCACCUCCAAGCAGUUUUCCGUCAAUAAAUCCUGGCAUAGAAGAUGUUAUGACUUCCGAAUAUAUUUCGGCUCCGCCUUCCAUAUAUCGCACGACCGCAGUACCGACGAUAGUACCUUCGAUGGACGCCCCCUCUACCUUACCUAGCAUCUUGGCAUCCCUGGUCCCACCUUCUGGAGCACCCUCAGACCGACGCCUACUUCGACCCUCCUCCCGACCGUCCGAUGUACCAUCAAAUUCUCCUACAGACUUCCCCGCGACUGUAUCCUGGCCGCUCCCAGACGUGGAUCCACACUAUACUUUUACACUGAAAAUGCAUUGGAAGCCGUGGUACUUCUGGCAAGAGGAGGGAUACGAGCGUAAAUGGUGCUUGGAAUGCACGCGCUGUCAAAACGUCACUGCUUCAGAAUCAGGCACAAGCGUUUGCAGAGACGAGAAUCCAAAUGUGUUUGACUGCCAGGCAGGCGACCAACUUUGGCUUCAAACAUGUAACGAGGAUCUCACGGGACAUCAAGGCAACGCUGAAUUUCGAGUUCUUCGCCAUGACGAUGGUGAUCAAUUGCAGGUUGUCGGAACGAAUUUUUGCGUUACACUUGUCCGACCCCGUUUCAUGAAUCUACAGCAGUGCCAGGUCGGGAAUGCACUUCAGCUAUGGGAAGGUUUUACGACUGAUAAGCCAUUUGCCUUGCAUCCGAAACACAAUAUGGAAUUGUGCGCGUCCCAGCAUCAUCACCCUAAAGCGAGCGAACUGUUGUUCGCCUCGGGUUGCGACCUAGCCUAUAAAUGGAACACUGCGUUGUGGGAAACCAUUUCGGUGCUUAGAAAUUUUUGA